CUCACCGAGGGGAGGAGUAGCUUCCGGAAAGGGUACUGCAUUUCCCGUUUCUACCUCCACUGCACCCGCUUAAUGCGUCUUGCUCCUGGGUCACAGAGCCUAAAACAACACGCCCAACACGCCCGUCGGAGUUACAGCUAAACGCAGGACAGGGGAAGCAAUGAAAUGCCGAGGGCGGAGACAAGAGCGACACUGGGGGAGCAGGAAAAGGCGGGGCUUCCGCUUGGGGAAAGGAGGCUGUGCCUCUUACGUCACUUCCGUAAACAAAGGGAGCUGCGGAGGCGCGGGUCCCGGGAUGUGACCGGGGCUCUACUUGUGGCUGCGGCGGUGGCUUCUGAGGCUGUCGGGUCUUUGCGGGUUGCGGAAGGGGGCCCCAAUACCCUUCUUCUUCAGGUCUUAAGAAGCUGGCCGUGGUGCAAUAAGGAACUUAAAACAAUGGAAGAGCGGAAAGUGAAGAGGAGGAGUCCUAAGUCUUUUAGCGCGCACUGUACUCAGGUUGUCAAUGCCAAAAGAAAUGCCAUUCCAGUGAGUAAAAGCACAGGGUUUUCAAAUCCUGCAUCACAGUCAACUUCACAGAGACCAAAGUUAAAAAGAGUAAUGAAAGAAAAGACCAAACCUCAGGGCGGAGAGGGAAAAGGCGCUCAGUCAACUCCGAUUCAGCACUCCUUCCUCACUGAUGUCUCAGAUGUUCAGGAGAUGGAGAGAGGGCUGCUCAGUCUUUUGAAUGAUUUCCACUCUGGAAAACUUCAAGCAUUUGGAAAUGAAUGUUCCAUUGAACAGAUGGAACAUGUUCGGGGAAUGCAGGAGAAAUUAGCUCGCUUGAAUUUAGAGCUCUAUGGGGAGUUAGAGGAACUUCCUGAGGAUAAGAGAAAAAUAGCCAGUGACUCCAAUCUGGAUAGGCUUCUGUCAGAUCAUAUUCACAGUGUUGUGCAGAUUGCUGUUGAAUUGUGGAACAUGUUCACCACCCCAAAAAGAAACCCUGUACCUUUCAAUUCUCUCUUCUCCUCAUCCCCUAGCAACCCCUAAUCUACUUUCUGCCUUUAUGGAUUUGCCUAUUGUGGACAUUUCAUAUCACUGGAAUUAUACAGUAUGUGGCCUAAAUGGAUUAUUUUACUUAAUGUUCAAGUUUCAUCCGUGUUAUAAAAACUUCCCUCUUUUUUUUCAAGAAAUAUAUUCCAACGAAGUUAUCAUAUUUACAUCUAAGCAUGUAUUCUCAGAAUACAGAUGCUGGCAAAUCUGAAAGCAAAAUAUUUGCUUCUGUACAGAUAUAAUAAAAUCUUAAGAUAUAGAAGAUAGUAGUCAAAAAGACCUUUCCUGAUGUGAUUAAUACAUUUUGUGUUAUUUACUCAGAUGGUGGUGACUUGUUUUUAAAUACAGAACUACAUUUGGUAUUUCUGCUAAUUUAGUACAUUACUUUGCCAGGGCUGCCAAAACAAAGUACCGCAGACUGGGUGGCUUUAACAACAGAAAUUUAUUUUCUCACGAUUCCGGAGGCUAAAGUUGGAGCUCAGGGUGGCAGGGUUGCUUUUUUCUGAGGCUUCUCAGUUUGUAGUAGCCGUCAUGUUCACAUGGCUUCUUCCUCUAUGCCAAGUGUCCAACUUUGCUUUUCCUGCCAGUCACACUGGAUGAGGGCCCACCCUAAUGACCUCAUUGUGACUUAAUUACCUCUUUAAAACCCCUGUCUUCAAAUCUACCCACAUUCUGAGAUACUGGGGGUGAGGACUAAGACAUGAAUUUUGGAGGGUACACUGUUUAGCAUAUAAGACGAGGUGUGAUUUUUACACUGAGAAAUGUUAACUAAAUUUGCCUCUUUAAAUCCUUUUUGGAACAAAAAUAAAUAAAAAUUGAAUUCAGCACACGUUAGUUUUAGAUUCCCUAUUAACCGUUGAGAAAAAGGGUUAAUUUCUACUGUUUUUCUCUCUUUUGAAUAAGUAAAUGUGAGGGAACUUGUAUGCCAAUACUUUCACUAUUUCGAGUCUAUAAUCUUUUUAUUUCAUGUCUGUCUUACUCAGUCUUGCAAGUAUUUCCAUUUACAGUUCAUGUUUGGUUUGUUUUUUGAGACAGGGUCUCACUUUGUCACCCAGGCUGGAGUGUAGUGGCACCAUCUGGGCUCACUGCAGCCUCAACUUCCUGAACUCGAGCGAUCCUCCUGCCUCAGCACCCCCAAGUAGCUGGGACUAUAGGCACAUGCCACCACGCCCAGCUAAUUUUUGUGUUUUUAGUAGAGAUGGGGUUUCACCAUGUUGCACAGGCUGGUCUAGAACUCCUGGACUCAAGUGAUCCACCCACCCUGGCCUCCCCAAGUGCUGGGAUUACAAGUGUGAGCCACGGUGUCUGGCCUUACCAAUUCAUGUUUUACAUAUUUUUCCUCUUAAGAGAUAAUAAGUAUAACUUGCUAUACAUUUAGGAGAAUAACAGUGAUACAGUGAAAAGAACACUGAAUUUGAAACCAGAAAGGCUUCGUUUAGUUCAGCGUUUGCAUUUGGGUUAUAACUGAACAACAUUGAGCCAUUUAGUUAACAUUUUUGUAAUUCAAAUGUUUCCUUCUGUAAGAUAAAAAUGCUGUAGUCUAAAUGUUUAUGUCCUCCCCAGAAAGCAUAUGUUGAAAUCUUAACUUAGAAGGCGAUGGUAGGAGGAGAUGGGGCCUUUGGGAGGUGAUUCAGGCAAGAAUGUGAUUAAUGUCCUUAUAAAAGAGGCCCAAGAGAAACCUCCUACCCCUUCUACCAUGUGAGGACAUGGGGAGAAAGCCCUCCUGUUCCAUGAACCAGGAAGUGGUUCAUGCCCUCCCCAGACACCAGAUCUGCUGACUCCUUAAUUUUGAACUUUCCUACCUGUAGAACUAUGAGAGGUAAAUUUCUGUUGUUUAUAAGCCACCAGUUUAUGGUGUUUGUUAUAGCAACCCAAACAGACUAAGACAAGGAGUGAUGAAUUCUACCUCAUAUAGAAAAUUAAGUGACAUGAAAUCUUUUUGUAAUCUAUGAUGGUUUUAAAGAUUUUAAUCAUUAAAAUGGCAAUUUUUUUUCUUUUAAAAACUUAUUAGAGAUGAUUGUUAUUAUGCCUGGUUUCAGGAAUACUUAUAAAACUCCAGUUUUUAUAAUCUGGUUUCAUUCUGUCCUCAUAUUCUUUUAAUUUUUUUGUAGAGACAGGGUCUUGUUAUGUUGCUCAGGCUGGACUUAAACUACUGGGCUCAAGCAGUCCUCUCCCCUCAGCCUUCCGAAGUGCUGGGAUUACAGGCAAGAGCAUGCCUGCCAUCUCUCCUCAUAUUCUUGUUUCAUACAUGUUAAUGCUACUUUAUAAUUAUUUUUGCAAAAAGGAACUUUUUAGCCUGAAAAUUUUUUGAAAGUUUUUUUCUUUAGUACUUUGCUUUUUCAUUUACAGAAAGCUUUUUUUUUUUUUUUUUUGACACAGCGUCUCAUUCUGUCACCCAGGCUGGAGUGCAGUGGCACUAACAGAGCUCACUGCAGCCUUAAACUCCUGGGCCCAAACAAUCCUCCCACCUCAGCCUCUUAAGUAGCUGGACCUCAGGUGUGCAUCACCACACCUGUCUAAUUUUUUUAUUUUUUGUAGAGAUGAGGUCUUACCAUGUUACCCAGGCUAGUCUGGAGCUCCUGGGCUCAAGCAGUUCUCCUGCCUUGGCCUCCCAAAGUGCCAGGAUUAUAAGCACAGGUCACUGUGACCAGCACAAGAAAGCUUAAAUGAAAAAUAAUUUAUUUAAAAAGAAAUAGUUAACAACUAUUUAUAUUGAUCUUAUAAAAAUUAAAAAUAAAUUUGUUUCUUUGUUUUACAGUUAGAAGAAUUGAAUUCUUCCAU